AUGAGCAAUCUCCAAGAACUCAACCUUGCCAACAAUAGCUUGUCUGGCACCAUCCCAGCAGAAAUCACUGGAUUAACAAGCCUGGCUAAGUUGCAUCUUGACAGCAAUAGACUCGUUGGUCCCAUUCCAAGCAGCAUCAGUAACCUAAGACAGAUACAGAUCAUGACACUAUCCCGCAACUCAUUGUCUUCAACCAUACCAACAAGCCUAUGGCGCCAUCAGAAACUAAUUGAGCUUGAUUUGUCGCAGAACUCUUUCAGUGGUUCCCUACCGGAAGAUGUAGGGGAACUGACUGCAAUUACCGAGAUGGACCUGUCGAGCAACCAGCUAUCAGGUGAUAUCCCAACUUCAUUCGGCGCACUGCAGAUGAUGAUCAAUCUGAAUCUGUCGAGGAACUUAUUAGAAGGAUCAAUACCAGACUCAAUUGGAAAGUUACCAAGUAUUGAGGAGUUGGACUUUUCCUCCAAUGCGCUUUCUGGUGUCAUUCCGACGUCAUUGGCCAAUCUGACUUACCUUGCCAACUUGAACCUCUCUUUCAACAGGCUAGAUGGUCAGAUACCAGGAGGAGGUGUGUUCUCCAACAUCACCCUCGAAUCAUUGAUGGGAAACAGUGCACUCUGCGGCCUUCCAAGGAAAGGAAUAGCGCCAUGCCAGAACAACACACACUCAAGGUCAAAACAACUACUGCUGAAAGUGAUAGUACCUGCAGUAGUGACAUUAUCUAUUUUAUCAGCUUGCAUGUACAUGUUGGUUAGAAGAAAGAUGAAUAAGCAAGGAAAGAUGUCACUGCCCUCAAACACAGACUUGACGAACUACCAGUUGAUCUCAUACCAUGAACUUGUCCGUGCAACAAGCAACUUCAGUGCUGAUAACCUCCUAGGGGCUGGAGGCUUUGGUAAAGUCUUCAAAGGCCAGCUAGAUGAUGAGUCUGUCAUUGCGAUAAAGGUCCUCAAUAUGCAAGACGAAGUAGCUUCAAAGAGCUUUGACACGGACACGGAGUGCCGUGCACUACGAAUGGCCCGGCACCGGAACCUGGUCAGGAUAAUCAGCACUUGCUCUAAUCUUGACUUCAAAGCAUUGGUUCUCGAAUAUAUGCCUAAUGGCAGCUUAGAUGAUUGGCUGCAUUCAAGCGAACGGAGGAACAUCAGUUUCCUGCAGAGGCUUGGAAUCAUGCUGGAUGUUGCAAUGGCAAUGGAGUAUCUGCAUCACCGGCACUUCAAAGUUGUCCUGCAUUUCGAUUUAAAGCCGAGCAACAUUUUGCUUGACAUGGACAUGACUGCACAUGUUGCCGAUUUUGGGAUUUCCAAGCUGCUGGUUGGAGACGACAACUCUAUCGUGUUAACGAGCAUGCCCGGCACUGUAGGAUACAUGGCACCAGAGUUUGGAUCAACGGGGAAAGCAUCACGGAAGAGUGACGUUUACAGCUUUGGGAUUGUUCUCCUUGAAGUCUUCACGAGGAAAAAACCAACUGAUCCAAUGUUUACUGGUGAGCUGAGCUUAAGGCAGUGGGUUAACCAAUCAUUCCAAUAUGAACUCUCAAGUGUCACCGACCGUGGCCUGCUGCAAGAUGAACCAAAGCACGGUAUUGAUAAGAUAAGCAAUCCCUCCGAGGACUCCUCUGCCAUCUUGAAUACUUUCCUGGUGUCCAUCAUCGAGUUGGGCUUAGUUUGCUCAAGAACUGCACCUGAUGAGAGAAUGCCAAUGGAUGAUGUGGUUGUCAGAUUGAACAAGAUCAAGUCAAAUUACUGCUCUCAAGUAAGGAAAUAA